CCCCACAAUUACCAAGAAGGCAAGACUGACCAAAAUCAGGGACCUCACAAUCUUUGAUCAAUAACGUUUUUACUACCGACCGAACUUCCCUACAACACUCCGACCAAAACAGAGCCCCAUAACCCUACUCAAUCCACCGUACCUCCAACACUUCCGGCAAUGAAACCGGCCGGAAUCCUCGCUGGGAUUUUCCUCCUCGUAGCACUCUACUGCGGGACCGACCCCUUCAACCACAGCGCAAUCUCGGACUUCCCCGACUUCGAGGCCUACAAGGUCGAGCUGCCGCCGUGGUCGGAGGUUCCCACGGAGAAAGACGCCGACAACCUGCUGCAGAAGUCGGAGAUCAAGUUCCUGAACCAGGUCCAGGGCCCAGAGAGCAUGGCCUUCGACCCUCUGGGCCACGGGCCCUACACCGGGGUCGCCGACGGCCGCGUUUUGUUCUGGAAUGGGGACGGGUGGACUGAUUUUGCCUAUACUUCGCCCAACCGGUCGGAACUAUGUGACCCAAAACCAUCACCUCUGAGCUACCUAAAGAAUGAGCACAUAUGUGGAAGACCUUUGGGCCUUCGAUUUGAUAAGGGAACAGGUGACUUGUAUAUCGCAGAUGCAUAUUUUGGGCUGAUGAAGGUUGGGCCUCAAGGCGGACUGGCUACAUUACUUACAAAUGAGGCAGAAGGGGUUCCAUUGAGGUUCACUAAUGAUCUCGACAUUGAUGAUGAAGGAAAUAUUUAUUUCACGGAUAGCAGCACCAAAUUCCAAAGGCGGAACUUCAUGCAGUUAGUUUUCUCUGGGGAAGAUAGUGGGAGGGUAUUGAAAUACAAUCCUGAGACAAAAGAAACCACUGUCCUUGUUCGGAAUGUCCAAUUCCCAAACGGUGUGUCGCUUAGCAAGGAUGGCUCCUUUUUUGUGUUCGCCGAAGGGUGUCGUGGCAGAUUGCUGAAGUACUGGUUGAAAGGCGAAAAGGCAGGGACAGCGGAAGUCAUGGCCAUCCUCCCUGGAUUCCCAGACAACGUGAGAACAAACGAAAAGGGUGAAUUCUGGGUGGCUAUCCAUUGUCGCCGCACAAUGCACGCUUAUCUAUGUGGUUUAUACCCUAAAAUAAGGAAAUUAUUGCUUAAGCUUCCUAUCUCGGCAAAGAUUCAUUACCUGCUCCAAAUCGGAGGGCGACUCCAUGCAGUAGUGAUUAAGUACAGCCCAGAGGGUAAGCUGUUGCAGAUAUUAGAAGACAGUGGUGGGAAGGUUGUUAAAGCGGUGAGCGAAGUGGAAGAGAAGGAUGGGAAGCUGUGGAUGGGAAGUGUGUUGAUGCCUUUUGUUGCUGUUUACCAAUUAUAAUAGGGUUGAGGGCUGUGUGUCAGCAUUUCAAGUGGCACGCAUUUGAAUCUCCGAUAGUACCUCUCCGGAAUUAGGGUAGGGCUGUGUACAUUUUGCCAUCCCCAGACCUUGCUCUAGCACGGCCCUGUGCAUUGGAUUUGCCCUUUUUCUUUUCGGCGGCUGCUCCUUUCACAUUCUGAUCAUGUUGAGUCUAUUUCGGGAGCUGUGACUUGAACCGUUUACUAACUUGUAGUAAACGUUAUAAUAACGUGCUCUAUAAUAAUACCACUAGUAACUGGUUUCCUUCACUG